AUGAAGGCCAUGAAGGAGGAGAAUGCCACCCUAAAACGACGCCUCGAAGACCUGGAGGCGUCCGCAAAUAAGUCAUCGACGGAGGAGAUGCUGGCGAUGGUGGGGAAGCGAGGGUCCAAGCCAGCCCACGAAGAAGAACCGCCACCGGGGACACACAACUCCCGUGACGAGCGGAUACGUAGGAGGGGCGCCGAACCCAAAACCGGCCAAAGGCAAGGGAAAAGGAAGAAGGGAGCAGCCCAGCCCGCUCCCGCUCCCGCCCCCCCCUCCCUGCUCCAGUCGCUGGGCCCUCCAGUGCGCCGCCACAACCCGUCGCGGGUCCCUCCACGGCCCCGGCGACUACGACGGGCAUCGACGGCAAGACCCAGGACCGAGGAGAGAGACGCCGAAACAAAAGCCCCAAAAGGGCAAGAAGAACGGACCUCCAGCCCAGCCCGCUCCAGAGCCCGCGUGCUGCCGCCAGCCCCGGCUAACGUGGACACGCCGUGGGUCGAGGUGGUCAGAAGAAGAAGCCGGCAGCAGCGCCAACAAACAACGCAGCCACCGCCGAAACCGACGCGCCGGAAGGAGCCAAAACUGCGGCCGCCACGUUCUGCGGCCGUAGUCAUCUCUCACACCAGCAGCAAUUGCGAAGGGCCUGAACACAAGAGCGUCCUGACGGGACGCCCAAAAUAG